AUGGGCCAGGUCCUCUCGAUCGACCAAGCCGACUACCCGGUACCUGCCGGCGCCGCCCUACAAGAGAACGCCAACUGGACGCUCACCCCGCUGUUCGUCGGCUGGGCCGGCAACGUCUUCCUGUGCGGCAUCGUCGUCUCGUGGGCGGCGUCGUACUGGCCUCGCGCAAAGGGCGACAAGCCGCUCGUCAAGCUCGCGGUCGUCGUCGCCGUCCUGUUCGAGUGCCUCACGGCCAUCGCCAACUUCUGGUCGCUCGUCGACCACGGCAAGGACCAGGACCGCACCAACAGCGCCAUCUCGCUCCUUAGAGGUCCCGACGCACUGUCGGUCACGCUCGGUACCGUCGUCGCCGUCGCCGUCCAGUCGUUCUUCGCGACUCGCUGCGUCCGGAUCCUCCCGCUCAAGUGGCGGCUGCCGUUCAUCGUCUGGACCUGGGGCCUCAUCAUCGCGUCGUUCGGCGGCGCGGUCGGCAUAACCGCGAUCGAGUUCAUCAACAAGGGCGCGACAGACGUCACUCGAGGUGCUUCGCCCGACGCGUACAGCAACUUGUUCGACCUCGCGCUCGCCUGGCUCUUUUGUGGCAUGGCCGCCGACGUCUCGAUCUCGACCGUCCUUGUCGCACGACUGUGGACCAAGGCGCGAGCGGCGAGGACCGAGCAUGGCGAUCCGGACCUUGUCCCGCCUCUCGAAGCCAGCAUCUGGGGGUUCAUGCGGCUCGCGCUCGAGGCGGCCCUCGCGACGUCGAUCACGUCGCUCGCCGCCGGCGUGACCUACGUCACCCUCACCGCCACGACCAACGUCUCGUACGCGCCGAGCAACCUGCUGCCCGGCCUGUACGCGUGCAGCCUCCUGUGGGUCCUCAACUCGGCGCACCGGCUCGCCGACGAGAUCAACCUCGCGCAGCUCAACUCGAUCCAGCUCGUGUGGCAACUCGGGCCCGCGUCGUCGCACCUCCCUCCCUCGUCGUCUCCCGCCACCGCCGCCGCCGCCGCCGCUGGCGGCGCAUCGCCGCUCCCCUCGUCGGCCGUGGGCGCGCUCGGGCCCUCGAACGAGCAGCGCCGCGCCGUGCCGCACGCGGUCGCCCAGGUCGUGCACGGCGUCGGGCCGGGCACGUGGGAGCUCAAGCGCGGGCUCGCGAGCGCCAAAGCGCGACAGCGCCUCGGCGAGGACGAGAUCCACGUCAUGAGCAUCCGGAGGCGCAUGUCGGGCGCCGUCGUCGAGCCGCAGCUCGCUGGGCCCGUCACGCCGCCGCCGCCGUUCAGGUGGGGGAGGGGCAGUAUCGUGAGCUUGUUUGGCGGGUCGGCCGGGAGCGGGAGCGGGAACGGGUGCGGAGCAGGGAGAGGAGGAGGAGGAGCUGGGGCGAGCGGAAGCGGGCUCGAGCCCCCCUUGCAAGGGAGAGAGAGCAUCGGGAGCAUGUGGACGACGGGCACGUCGGCGAGCACGGCCAAGACGGGCUUUGGGACGGACGAGGCGGUCUGA